CCUCCCCAAACAACACAUUUUCCUACGCCACUGAAUUAUAACCUUUUUUUGUACUCAUCCUGGAAUCCCUUUUGGCAAGAAGGAGCCCAUUCUACUAAUCUACUUACCAAACGGUCAUUCCUCGUGAACCCACCGCACGGGAUGUGUGGAGGAUCUUUUUUCCCCACAUGCGCACAUAACAUCCAUACCCACACAAGUCAUACAUACACGUACACAUGCAAGCACGGGGCUAACUAACGAUGACCUAAGUCCUUGGCAUGCAUGGUGACCAUGGUGACUGAGUCACAUGUGCACGGUCCGGUCAUGCCGUCACGCACGUGUUCCGUUGGCGCAUGGCGAAGGGUGCAGUUGGCACGUGCUUCUGUACAUGUGCUAGCUAUGCUUGCAGAUGUUAUCAACAAGUAGGUCGAAUGCUGCACACGAUGGGCUGAGGUCUCUUUGACUGCUGACCAACUCCAGAUGAACUCCAAAGACGUUCAAACCUUUUGUCUUUACGGUUGUUUACUGCCUAGUUCUAGACCAGAGGCUGGUGCAGAGCGAGCAGAGAACAUCAACCAACUCGUUAACGAUUAUCGCUGACUGGCUGUACAGUGCAGGAGGAAGGAAGACACAUCCUGCAGUUCAGAGAGAGAUCACUGAUUAUCUUUAGUACUAGUAGUGCUGCUUUUACCAAUGUUCGUGAGCGUGAAAUCAAUGACAAUAGCUAGCUAAUGUCUGAUUCUCUCAAAUAGACUGCACCUGUGUGCAAUCAGUCAAUAGUGGUGUUAGUGUGGCGGGGCGGUAGUGUUCAAUGAUUCCAUCAUGUCCUUUGUUGCUGGUGUAGUCGGAGUAGCGUUGCUUGACGGCGUACGCAGUCGCGGUGUUUGUCAACAGUAUGGAUGACAUUCUGCGCGAGCAUUUUCAGUUCAACAGAAAGCAGAAAGUACUGAUCAUGGUCUGCUUCGUAGCGGACAUGCUGCUGGCGCAGCAAGUUGGUGUGUUGGUGUUUAUUGCUGAUAAGCCCACGUGGCACUGCGAAUCAAUCGCUGCUCCUGUCCUUGCUGGUCAUGGCCAUGGUAGCAACGUCAAAAGCAGGUACAAGCUGAAUCAUGAUGUAGGAAAGUCUAAUGUCUUACCGGACGCUGGGGAUAAGUGCCUGCAACUGGCCAGUGGAGCGUGCAAACCUUCGUUCGUGGAUAUGCGCUCUUUAGCGACAGCAGAGUUCAGCCUGGUAUGCGAGAAAGAAGGAGUCGCUGCGUACGCUCAAUCUCUGUACUUCAUAGGCAUGCUGUUGGGCAGUGCUGUUGGUGGUUGGGCUACCGAUCGCUAUGGUCGACGUCAUGCAAUGAUAUCUGGCGCAGCACUGACAACCGCUGCGUCACUCUGGUCUGGUGUUGCACAGUCCUUCUGGUCACUUGCGCUCUCACGUCUAGUUGCUGGUUUAGGUGGAAUGUGGUGCACAAUGGCGUCCAUGGUAUAUGCCAGCGAGAUUGUUGCGCCCAGCUACCGAGGCUUUGUCACUAGCCUUAUCAGCGUCUCGUUGAGUAUCGGUGUGUCGCUAGCGUCACCCGUGGCCUACAUCUUUCAAGACAGCUGGAGAGAUGUGAUGUUAGCAAUGACAGCACUAGCGGCGUUCAGUACCUUUCUGCUUUGGAUGUUUUUAUGUGAAUCUCCCCGCUGGUGCUUUACUCAUGGUCGUCAUGACGAUCUGGAAGAUCUCCUCAUCAACUGGGCAUCGAGUGGUUCACAGAAGCAGCAGGCCCUAGCAAUGUUACAGACUGCCAUCAAAGCAUCACACGAAGAGUUGAGCCCUGCUAUAGGCAGCAGCAGCAAGGAAUCAACCAUCACGCUGUCGGCACUCUUUACCGGGCGAUUUCGAAAGAAGCUCUUCCCUCUCCUGUGGACAUGGGCUUCUGUAUGUUUAGUGGCUUACAGUCUGUCGUUGAAAAUCGAUGGUUUGGGCGACAAGUACAUCAGCUUCUUCUUGCUGGCAGUUGCUGGAGUACCGUCCAACUUUGGCAUCAUUCGGUGUUUACACUACAUUGGACGUAAAGCCUGCUUAAUGUGGCUUCUGGCGCUUGUAGCAUUCUUCACCGGCCUCUGUGUCUUGAACAAACUGGAAUGGUUCACAACACACUUAUCACACACACUGGGAAGUGCACAAGCAACUGCCAGUGGUGGAAGUGGCAGCUAUAUCAACUGGUUGCUGGUCUUCUCUGUGCUUGCACGCUUUUCAAUCUCCUCUGCAUACUCUGUUCUCUACACCUACACACCGGAACUGUUUCCAACGGCUGUACGAAGUAAAGGACUUGGUGCAUGCACACUGGUGUCUCGCUUUGGUGCCAUCGCCUCUCCAUUCUUCCUGGGAUUGAGUGCUAUUCAUCCGGCAUGGCCAUAUGUGGUCUUCUUCAUCAGCUCUAUCACGGCAUGUAUGUGCAUGCAUCGAAUGCCGGAGACAAGAGACCGAGACCUGCCGGAAUCCCUUCAAGAUGUCUACCAGCUGAUAGCCGACUCGUGACUGGUUACCAUAGGGACAGUGUAUGUUUUAAUUGCUUCGAUUAUCAAGUGGUUGAAUCACACAUUAGUGUUAUUGAUACACAUGUAUUAUCCUCCUCGUUUCCAGCCGUGAAUCCCGGUAUUACAUUGAGAAUUUGCUUGAGAGGAAAUGAUUUAGUUCUCUCCAGAGAAAACUUGAUUCCGCAAAAAUAAUUUAUUUUAGGAAAACUCACGCAUGCAUGUACAUGUAGGUUCAUGCUUGAAUGUAGAUCACUAGGUACUCCGUUUUAUUUGGUAGCAGGUUUUAUUUCUGACGAAAUGAGUGGUAGGGUUUGAGAGUGCCGAUUCCAAAUUUUAGAUGGUCUAGUCCACCCACCUAGAAGGCAGUUGUCUCAGACAUUUAGGCUAGAUAGACUGAACCCGGCAUUUCAAAGAAGUAGUAAGUCAUUUACAGUUGUUAAAACGGUGUUUGAAGUUUUCUACUGAUUCAGAGUAUUUCAGACUUACCUUGGCCAAAGCUGUUUGCUACUGACUAGCAAUUCUCUCCAAUUGAACUUAUCUUCUAUAGCCAUUUUCAACUUUAGAUUUUCAACUUUCGAUUUGGUCAGUGAGAUGAAGUCACAACUUACUUGAGUUGAAAUUUCACCCAGCUCUUACUGUAUUCUAUUAGGUCAGCCGGUUGUCAAUUUGUCACACUGGAAAUCAUGGCCACUGGCUUUAGAAUAAACAGUUCUUGCUUCUCA